CCUAUUACAUCGAUUUGUGUAUAUUCCUAUGAUCCAGCUACAUCGAUCUGUGAUCGGCAAGUUGCCAUUCUGGGUGACAUAUAUCAAUCUAACAUCGUUUAAAAGGUAAUCAAUCGAUUGCAUUGAUACUUGGAAAUAAUGCAUUGGAUUUAAGCAUGGCUUUAUAUGGAUGUUUUUGUUUUUAUAGCACUUUUAAUGAUAAAGACUUUAAACAUUACCCGAUUCCGUCUGCCUGCCCGGCAGAGGACAAGCCGGUGAGCGAGAAAUAAUUAAGCCACCAUUGCGGUCCAGUGUGUGGAAACACUUUGGCUUUUGCAAAGAGGAAGAUGUUCUAAAUAAGUCGCUCGUUGUUUGUAGGAUAUGUAGAGUAAAGUAAAAUAUGGCAACAUGACAAAUCUCUCCAACCACCUACUAUGGCGCCAUGGGUUUUCACACAACGCUGACCGUCCAGGUACUUCUAGUUCCCGCUACAGCAGCAGCGCAAGAAGAGCCAUGACUUCUUUGAUGAUGGCCGCAGGGCAAGGCCAGAGAGAUGGUGACAACGCAGGUUUUGACCUGAUCCAAAAUCGGAUCGAGUCGUUGAGCGGCAAGAUGGACAAGCUCAUUAAUCUUCAAGAAAAGGUUCUCAGGCGACUAGAUGCUGAUUCUGGAGGUUUUGCAAAAGAGGAGAAUCCCAAUGUUAGCAAAGAAGAGAGCCUUGUCCCGUGUGGAGAAGUGGGACAAGUCAAGGAGAUAUACAAGGAAAUGAGCACCAUUAUGUCAGCGGUCAACCAGCGGUCUGAGAUGCAGGCUCAGAAGCUGGAAGGCAUGGAGAAACUAGUCCUCAGCAUGCAGCAGGUGAUCAGCUUCAUCGGGGAGACGGUUAAGAGCUCCAGGGUGAUGGAGCUCAUGUUAAAAGGGCCUGCCACGAGAAAGGGAAACAAAGGAAAGCAAGUCCCGAAGUUGAAAUCAUCAGACAUCAAAAAAACAGAGAAGAAAACUACCUCUAAUAAAGCCAGUAAAAGGAAUCAAGACAUAACUCCUGUUUGUGAGCCUACUCCUCCUCAGCCAUCUCAUAGGACAAAGCUCCAUGGACCAAAGCAUUUCCUGGCCGCUCGCAAAUGCGGAACCUUUCAGAAAGACCAUAAAGGCAAAGACGGUGCAGAGAAACCCUGUUUGAGCCCUAAAGGUCUGAAAGCCCAAAUGAAAAUGAAACCUCCAGACACAUCAGAUGUCUCAUUAAAGAAGCAGGCUGUGCUUCUAGAAGAGGUGCAGAAGCUCAACAGAGAGAAUUCAGAGAAAUCAGCUCACCAGCCCACCAAUGUAUAUUUGAAUCUGGAAGCUGGCGUUCCUGCUCAAGAGCAACAGGGUGAUGGUGUAGAGGAGUUUGUAGUGGCAUCCCAACAGGAGGCGGAUGGUGCAGAAGAGGAUGGGGACAAGGUUCCUGAUGGAGAUGUUGCUGAGGAAGAGCUCACACUUGAUGUUGAAGAUGUAGAGGAAGAAGUCCACCAGGUAGAAGAGGAGGAGUCCACAACUGAAGAUGCAACAGAGAGUUCAGAGCUUCCUGAAAAUCAGACAGAACAAACAAAUGCAAGUGAUAGUGGCAACUGCGAAGUGGCCUCGCCAUCUUCAGAAGCUGAUCUGGACCAGAUAGUGGAGCUCGGCAUCGCUGAGGAACUCGUGGUGGUGGAGGAAGCUAAAAAGGUCCAGGCAGACAAGGAGGAGGAAGAGAAGACGGAGGUAAAGGAAGAGGAUGAGCAGGAGUCUGAGGACUGGGCUGUUUUCCGGGCGGAUGGGGUUGAGUUUCAGUUUGACCUGAAGGAGAGGCUGGAGAGAGAGAAAAAGGAAACCAAAGCCAAGAACGAGGGACAAAAGGAGAACGAGUACAUACAGCAAUACUAUAUUGAUACAACUCCUCCUCCGGCAGCACCGUUUAAUCACCGCAUUGUGUCAGCCAAGCCCAACCAGAUCAGUAACUUCUACACUAUCAACUGGCAGGAGGUCCUGGGCGGGGGUCGUUUUGGGCAAGUGCACAAAUGUGUUGAAAACUCAUCCGGUCUGACGCUGGCAGCCAAGGUCAUCAAGGCCAGAGCUCAGAAAGAAAAGGAGGUGGUGAAGAAUGAGAUCCAAGUCAUGAACAAUCUGGACCAUGCCAACCUGAUCCAACUGUAUGCAGCUUAUGAGUCGAGGAACGACAUCAUCCUUGUGCUUGAAUAUGUUGGUGGAGGCGAGCUUUUUAACAGAAUCAUUGAUGAAAACUACACUUUAAUGGAGCUGGAUGCUGUGGUGUUCAUCAGGCAGAUCUGUGAGGGUCUGCAGCACAUGCACAAAAUGUACAUCCUACAUUUGGACUUAAAGCCGGAAAACAUCCUAUGUGUAAGCAGAGUCACAAAUAAAAUCAAGAUCAUCGACUUUGGCCUCGCCAGGAUAUACAAACCGAGGGAGAAGCUCCGAGUCAAUUUUGGAACACCGGAAUUUCUGGCCCCUGAAGUGAUCAACUACGACUUUGUGUCGUUUAACACAGACAUGUGGAGCCUCGGUGUCAUCACCUACAUGCUUCUAAGUGGUCUCUGUCCUUUCCUGGGUGACAACGACAACGAGACGCUCAACAACAUCUUGGCCUGCCAGUGGAAUUUGGAGGAGCAGGAGUUUGUGGACACAUCUGAAGAGGCCAAAGACUUCAUUUCCAGACUCCUCGUGGUCAAUAAAAGUUGGAGGAUGGGAGCAUCUGAAGCACUUAGACAUCCUUGGCUGUCGAACCCGGUCCUUCAUCACAAACUUCAUACCAAGAAAACCAUGUGCCGAUCUCGGCGGUCAUCAUGCGUGCCCCCAACAGAUAGUUGAGGGCGCCAGUGUGGAAACUCGGACCAAGCCUCGUGUAGCUUUAUACCUUUCAUGUCACAAUGAGUGGACUUCUGGCUAGUAAUGUGUUCAGAUGAAACAAAGUAGUCACUGAUAGUGUAACAGCAUCCUUUUAAGUCAUGCCACAUGAGGCUGGAACGUAUCACACUGACUGACCUCUGAGCCAGCUGCAUUUAAUGUAUUCUCACUUUGUGUGACAGCAUUGCUAUGAAUUACAGGUGGUCCUCGGUUUACGGCCUUCCGUGUUCCGGCAUUAAAAACGUAACGGCAAUUUAAGUCCAUCAGCACGAGACUCACUCGUGAGCUAGCGGAAAAAAUACACUACGUGCAGCUCACAUGCAGCUACACUGCUCUCAACGCUCGACCGUCAUGACCGUUAUUAAGGAUAAAGAUAGUUUUGUAAUGUCUACCACAGGGGUCGGCAACCCAUGACCUUAAACCUCUUUGUUGUGCCUCAGUUCGCAGAUAGAUAGAUAGAUAGAUAGAUAAUCUCCAAGAGAAAUUCACAUUUCCAGCAGCUUUGCAAGAAUGUCAUAAUAAACUUAAUCACUUCAUCACUGGGGUGAACUGUCAGGGGAUGAGAGUCAGGGAGUACUUUCAGUGUUAGUGUAGACCUGCCAACAUGUACAAAUUUAUCAUAGUCGACAUGCAAUUUGAUUCUUGAAUAUGCUUGUGUAAGCUCUUCACAGCCUAACUGCAUUCAGUCAGACAUGAAAGAGACAUCCCCAGCAGUAGGCUAACCAUGAAGAAAAAUUGAAUAUAAUUCUGCAUGGACAGAUUAAUUAAUCCUCUUUGCCAAUGAAACUGGCUUACCAGUGUGCUUGAUAUGUGGCCAGCCGUCCUCCCAGCCUUGUCACGUUCACAGACAAGUCGGAAAUCACAAAAGCAACAGUAUCCUCGAGCACGUCAAAGGUUCUGUGACAGUAAUAACUAUGCAGUGUAGUGUUUUCUUGUUCUCUUUUUUUAAACUACGAUUUCAUCUAUUUCUUGUAUUUAGUGUUUUUAUUACAGUAAUUUAUGUCCAUGUGUUUUGUGUACAGUGUGAGUGAUUUAAGUGUUAAUUGAGGUAAGCGUUACGACUUACACUAAAAUGGGACUUACAAGGCGUCAAAGAAAUGGAACUCGUUCGUAACUCAAAGACCACCUGUAUUUCUGCACUUGUUCAUUCUCAGUGCACCCUCACUUUAAAGCUUCUAUUUCACACUGCCUGGUAAAAGCUUAUUUUAAUAUAUUCCAAUUGAAUUUAGGUUCAGUGUUAACCCAACAUGAAUUUUUGUUGUCAAAUUUAAGAACUGCAUCAGGGCAGCACAAUGUAUGUAUAUUAUCAGUGUCCUGUCGUAUGCGCACUUUAUAAUUGUAUUUAUUUAAAAGCUUCUGUAGGUUCCACUGGCCUUGCGUGGCUCUUGUCUUUCUGACAGUAAAAUACACUUUUUCUUUAUAAUUCAACAAAAAAAAUGUCUUAUCAUCUGAAUGUGUUGCUUUAAGUCUGUCUGUACACAAAGUUAUUUUUUUAAACUUUUUUUUCUUCAAAAAAUACGUACUGUAUGCAUGCGCUGUCAAGCCAAUCUGGUGCCACUUUCACUGUGUAAGAUGCUUUCCCCACCCAUGUGAUAGAUCUAUUCACCUUCUGUGAAGGUUCACUUUAUACCUAAAAAGGAACACACUACCUGCUAAGUGAAUGACACUUUUUUAGCACCACACGUUGCAAGGUUCUCAUUUUAUUUUAUCAUGUAUGUUGAAACUUUUAAUAGUCAAAGUUAAACACGUUAUUCUCACCGAUUGAGCAUCUAUUAUUUUUUCUGUACACACCCAAUAAAUUGA